AAUAGAUUGACGAGACAACUCUUCCGCAACUCGGCUACCUGUAGUAGCAUUCCUGUAUAUACGUUCGCCUUUACCCGCGUAUCGCCAUUAAACCGGACAAAUGUCCGCUACACCUAAGAAGCCACUAUCCGCGGCGCAGGGCCGGGCUUCCUCGACCGAGAACACACCUCCAUCGAGGCAGACCCGAGCGUCUACACCGACUUCUUCUACAAAUGGUGCAGGAACCACCAACAGCCCACAGAGAACACGGUCUAGUCGAGGCGGUACUCCAAUGUCAGCGCGAGCCGCUGCCACGCAUAGGACAACCUCGUCGCUGAGUAUUUCCAGCACAGCUGGGGAUGCUGAGGCUCGCGCCGAGACGGUUGCUCUGAUUGAAGACCUAAAAGAGCGGUUACAGAAGGCAGACAGUGCUUCCGAGCAGCAUAAGAAACAAGCAGAGGUUUUACAGACAAGACUCGAUGAUGCCCUUAAAGAGCAAGCCAAACUAGAAGAAAAGGUGCACGAGAGCGAGGAGCAAAUCGAAGCGCUUAGAAAUGAGAAACGUGAAGCUGCAAGGCAGAUGCGCGAGAUGGAAGCAAUCUAUGAGGCCGAGCGGAGCUCCAUGAUGAAAGAGAAGGAAGAGAUGGCGAACCGUGAAGAAGAGAUGCAAGCUGUGAUCAAUAGGCUAAAGGAGACGCUCAACCAAAAGAACGCAGAAGACGAAAACCGCCCAACAAGGCAAUCGAGUAAUUCCUCUCCUAGUGUAGAGAAUGGGAACUUCGCUCCGCCUUCUUCAAUUCAGCGUAGCGAUUCCAGGAAUAAUUCUAAGCUGUUACUUCAGAAGGAUAAGCUGAUUGAGUCUCUACGUCUUGAACUCGCAGAGGCUCAGAUUAAGCUUGUUGAGACUGAGAAUCAAGGCGGCGGGCGCGUGCACGAAGUCGAACGCCUGCUCAUGGAGGCUCGCAUGGCCAACGCACGGCUGAUGGAAGAUAACGAGUCGUAUCAGCUGCUCCUCCAGGAGAAGACACUCCACGGCGAGUUUGGCAAGGGUGAUUUUGGCUACAUGAACGUUUCCGCCAACCAAGACGCACUCAAUGCUCUUGAAGGUCGAUCCAGCGCCAGCGACAAUCCACCAACUCCAGGGACUAGUUUGGCUGAUGAACUGAGUUCCCUCGGCGGAGAUGAGAAGGCUGUUGAUGAGGAGACUUUGCGUCGUCUUGAGACUGAACUCCGUGCUGCUAAGGACCAGAAUAAAGCUCUUACGUUGUAUAUUAACAAGAUCAUCGAGCGGCUCCUCCAACACCAAGAGUUCGAGCACAUCCUCGACCAGUCCUCCGACUUCAAGCCAGGUGCCAAUCUACACAAGGACCUUCCACCACCCCCAACAGAUUCUCAGGGAGCUUCAUUCCUAACACGCGCGAAAUCCAUCGCCACUGGUCCCAUGCCUCGACCAAAGCCUCGACCUAUGACUAUGUCCGCGGCGCACCAAAUCCACGCUGUCUCUGCGCACACCAACCCGGAUACGGCUCCCAGCAUUCCCCUCACCGGACUCGGGCGCUCGCAGAGCACGGCGCGGCGCCUCGGAAGGCCAAUGAGCGAGCAACUGACGGGGGCAGCCGGCAUCGUGAACGCCAUGUACAAGGGGCCUGACGGCCCACUAUCUCCGACUUUGAGCACGACAUCAUCAUCCGCACGACAUUCCCAAACGUUCUUCUCACCUGGAGGCCGCUCACAUUCGGGCACCAAUGGCAGCUCGGGUAACUUCCCGGGUAUGCGCAGCGAAACCAGCAGUGUAAGCGGGGACUCGGCCGCAGACGGGACAACCGCCACUUCGGCCAGCCAGAGCCCGCCUAGGACUAUAAGCAGUAUAGCUGAGAAAAGUAUCACGCUCGCGGGUAACAAGCCGAGACCGUUGAGGCUAGUCCAGGAAAACAACGAGAAAGAGCGCGCGGAGAACAAGCGUGCGAGUUGGAUCGGCUGGGCGAGUAGCGCCUGGGGGAAGAAGGAUGAACAUGAAAGCGUGCGGUAGUGUGGCACGUUGAUGAACAGUAAUGCCGAAAUUGGUGUCGAUAUCAAUAUCGAUAUCGACGUCGAAUGGAAACCUCCUAGAAAGGAGGUAUGAUUAAGAAUUGUUAUUCAACUACAAAACCUCUGCCUAUCGCGCUAUAUGGUAGAUGGUGUGUUAUGUACGUAAUGCCUCUUUUUUAUUUUAUUUUUUUAUUUUUUUCUUCGCUACGACGGACAAGCAAUCAACUAUUUAAGUCACGAUUAUGCCCGGGAUAUAUUUAUUACCAUUAAAGUAUUUGUUCAUUUGUUCAUGUCGAUGUUGAUUAUGCUGUCUGGGAUGAAUGAAUUUGAGUAAGAUAGAUUUAGAAAAGAAGAUGAGAAACAGAUGAGGGAAAGAAAGAUGAGUUGGGUUGCUAUAGAUUGAAGAGAGAUGUUUGCUUGGGAUCGUGAUUAUUAUCGUCUUCGUGCUAGUAUGUGAAGCAUUUGGUAAUGCGUGUGCCCAUCUUUUAAAAGUUCCGCCUACCGUGGAAGUAUAAUGCUUAAAGGGGCUCAAGGGGAAGACGAGAUGAGGGAGACUGAUACAUGAGUGUAAUGUUCGCGAGGAUUGCCAUCUUAGGUAGGUGUGGAUAUGCUUACUUUAGGUAUCUGAGGCAAUAUCAAAAGGAAAGGAUC